CGCCCGGCUUCCCGCCCGGCCCCGCGGGGCUGCCCCUCAUCGGCAACAUCCACGCCCUGGGCGCGGAGCAGCCGCACGUCUACAUGCGGCGGCAGAGCCAGAUCCACGGGCAGGAUGUAUUGCAUCUUUCUCCAAAGCAUCUAGUGCUAACCACUUCUGGAAACGGGAGAUGGGACUAGCUGGGCUAUGCUGUCAUUUGUUGGCUGUCAUCACGGCUCUCACUUCUAUCAUCUGAUGGUUCUUUGGGAGCCUGUGCAAAAUCUUCAGUCUUGAUCUUGGAGGUAUAUCUGCUAUUGUCCUGAAUGGCUAUGAUGCAGUAAAAGAAUGCCUUGUUCAUCAAAGUGAAAUUUUUGCCGACAGACCGUCUCUUCCCUUGUUUAAGAAGCUGACAAACAUGGGAGGCUUACUGAACAGUAAAUAUGGCAGAGGAUGGACAGAACACCGCAAAUUAGCUGUAAAUACCUUUCGAAUUUUUGGAUAUGGUCAAAGGUCCUUUGAACACAAAAUUUCAGAAGAAUCUAUAUUUUUUCUUGAUGCCAUUGAUACAUACAAAGGCAGACCAUUUGAUCUUAAGCACUUGAUAACAAAUGCUGUUUCAAACAUUACUAAUUUGAUUAUUUUUGGAGAACGUUUUACAUACGAAGAUACUGAAUUUCAGCACAUGAUUGAGAUUUUUAGUGAAAAUAUUGAAUUAGCUGCUAGUGCUUCUGUAUUUUUAUAUAAUGCUUUUCCUUGGAUUGGUAUCUUGCCAUUUGGGAAACACCAGCAGCUGUUUAAAAAUGCAGCUGAAGUCUAUGACUUUCUUCAUGAGCUUAUUGAACGUGUCUCUGAAAACAGGAAGCCUCAGUCACCUCGACAUUUUGUAGAUGCAUAUUUAGAUGAGAUGGAUUGCAAUGAAAAUGAUCCAGAAUCUACAUAUUCAAGAGAAAACUUAAUUUUCUCUGUUGGAGAACUCAUCAUAGCUGGCACAGAAACCACAACAAAUGUUUUAAGAUGGGCAGUGUUAUUUAUGGCUCUUUAUCCAAACAUUCAAGGGCAAGUUCAAAAAGAAAUCGAUUUAGUCAUCGGCCCAAACAAAAUGCCUGCCUUAGAAGAGAAAUGCAAAAUGCCAUACACUGAGGCUGUUCUACAUGAAGUUCUAAGAUUCUGUAAUAUAGCUCCGCUAGGUAUUUUUCACGCAACUUCCAAAGAUACUGUUGUGCGUGGUUACUCUAUUCCUGAAGGCACUACAGUCAUUACAAACCUCUACUCCGUUCAUUUUGAUGAAAAAUACUGGAGCAAUCCAGAAGUGUUUUGUCCUGAGAGAUUUUUGGACAGCAGCGGGCAGUUUGUCAAGAAAGAUGCAUUUAUUCCUUUUUCACUAGGAAGAAGACAUUGUCUUGGAGAACAGCUAGCUCGAAUGGAAAUGUUUUUGUUUUUCACUUCAUUACUACAACGAUUUCACCUGUGUUUUCCUCAUGGCGUGAUUCCAGAUCUCAAACCAAGAUUAGGCAUGACAUUACAACCAGAACCAUACCUCAUCUGUGCGGAAAGACGGUGAAGAGAAGGGUCUAGAUUGUGGAUCAGGUGGAGCACAAUGCUCCAAGUUGCAGCUGAGGAUCCACUUUGCCUUCUAUUUCUAAAUGCGUUCAUGUCAGAAGAACAAAAAUUUAAAGGACUUGCAGAUAAAUUUUGACUAUUUGUGUACAAGUUACUAGUUUCUUUUUACUUCGUUUUCACAAAAAAAUCCUCAACCAAAAACGUGAAGCACAUCCUGCAUUUAAAGUUGAUGUUUUCACUCCAGAAGUCUGUUUUGAAUCUAACUUCUGAUUCAGCUUUUACAUAUUUAAUUACUUAGCAAGCCAUUUUACUUUGAGAGGAUAUUUUUAUAAGCAUGGAGAAUAUGGCUCAAAAUGUUUAUACUUGGAUUCAUCUGUGGGAAUCUCAUUUACAUUAUUCCAGCAAAGCUGUUCUUUAUAAUUCUCCAUUAAUUUUACAUAGCUAAAAAGGUUUUAAAGGUAUCUAUUUAAAUUUCUGUAACUCAAAAUAAAUUAUCUUUUCCAGCCUUGAGAAACAAAUUGUCUAUUAAAGCAUUUUAAUCCUUCCUUCUCCUUGCCCUGUCUUCCCAGUUAGUCAUAAUUUUCUAGUGAAUCAGAUAACUGUGUGAAUUCACUUUUAAGAUCUUUUAUGGCUUGCUUCUCAUUUAGUAACAUAUACCGUUUUCAAUUAUUGCCAUACUCCUGACAAUUACAGCAGUCUUUUUUGCCAGUUUAUUGUAUUUCUAGACACAUGUCCUCCAUUGUCUCCCAACACAAAGCAUUAUGUAAUGAUUAAUCUCUGCCUAAGUAGUCUGGAAAAAACAAUGUUUGUGUUACCAGUCACAUGCAACUAUACUACGAGUCAUGAAAAUAAGCUGCUCAUGAGUCUGACCAGAGAAGAGACCUUUUUGGGAGGGGGAGUGGAGUAGGGUGGGGAGAAAGAGAUUUUAAAUGGAUUGUAAGCACAAGUUUUACGCAUAACAGCUACUCUUGACUUCUGCCAACUUCAUUUUUUAUUCUUGACAGCUAUUGCUUUUUGGUUAUUGGUAGAUAAAGAUUUAUCCGUGCAGGCCCCAGAGAAGAACCUGAUACUCUAGAUGUGGUAUGCUCAGUCCCCACUAUGUGGGGAGAAGUAGGGCCUCAGAAUAAGGUUCAGAACAAAACACACACUGAGCAAGCGGCUAUUUAAGGACGGCUGAAUAUUAGACCUUGCUCUUUAUACAGCUUAUGCUUCAACUUGGAGCUGCAGGAAAAGUUCAAA